CUACAGGGCGGGACUACACCACGGAUAGAAAUUCUACACCUUUUGUAAUUUCGCAGCACUUGAGGUCCAAAAGCACGACUGCUCGUGUGAUUUAAGAACUUGUCGGGACACACAACAACAACACAGUUGUUUGAGACAACAAAUGUAACAGUAUUUGGGGUGAACUGUUGGUCUCGAGUUGAUUUAGGCGUCCUCAAGCCUAGCCCUCAUCACAAAUGGAAACACAAGCAGUUGAAAAGCUUCCUGAUCCUCCCGAAGAAGUUUUACUUCCAGAAGGUUGGAAGCAGGUGCUGCCAAAAGAGCAGCAUCGCUGGGUCAGCAAGGCUCUCUUUAGCAGAGACACAUCUGGGAAGUUAAAGCUGACUGAACCUCUGCAGCUGUGGUGGUCACCUCCAGGACCCCAGUUGUUGUAUUCCCGGCCUCCUCCUUUUCCUGAUCCGUUCUUUCACAGCAGGCUGUUCCUAUGGAUGCCCUGCCGCAUGUGGGCAUACAGGCUGCCGUGCGUGAAGCCCAACUGCCGUCGUCUCGGCAAUUAUUUGAGGCCUUGCGGACUGUACGACACCGUCCGGAGGGUUUUGGACAUGAGUGGGUGGUAUUUCAUGGUCACGGAGUACCUGGAGUGCUGUUCCUGCAGGAAAAAGGUGGCGGGCUGGUCACAAGACAUUCUGGAUCAAUUGGAUCCCAUCCAUCGUGAGAAAUUCCCAGCAGUGUUGACUUACAGGUUGUCUUGUGAUAAGGAGCUUGUUAGACUGAUGCGGAGCCAGAUGCCAGGGAAGAGUGUGAUGUCGCUGUAUCGACACCUCUGUGUGCGGCACAAAGAGCAGUGGCUGGCUCAGUCUGCAGAGUAUCUUUCUGUCCUGGACAAGUUUCAAGAUCUCAGCGCUGUUACUGCCAGGCUGCCGCAGAUGAUGCCACUGCCUUCUCCAUCGUUGCUGUUGAGGGUACAUGCAAAGGAUGUACUGACACGGCUCGGAGAAAUGAAGGCCAGAGUCACUUCCAUCUACGGCUCCAUCUUGAAAAUGGUCUCCACCAAGAAGGUCACUAAGAAACACGAUUCAGCUUUGUGGUCCACAAAUGUGGGGAAUGAGAAUGGGCAAGUCCUAAUAUGUGUCCUGACUCAAACAGUGGAUGAGGGCCUGCUUCCCAUGUGCUCCGGCUUGAUGGAACGUUAUCGGCGAGCCGGAAAACCUCCUCCACAAGUCCUCUAUGUGGACCGGGACUGUUGUUCUACUACGGGCAAAAGCAAAGUGGAAGCCAUGUACCAUGAGUGGGACCAGCUGGUCAUCAGACUGGACGCAUGGCAGUUUAUGAUGCGGUUUACAGCAGGCAUCACUUCAGAAAGUCACCCGCUGUACGGCCCCUUCAUGGGACGGCUCUUCUCCUGUAUCUUUGAGUGGGAUGCUGAGGAUUUAAAAAGACUACAAGAAGCCAAACAACUGGAGCUGCGACAAACCAAAGAUGUUAAAGCAUCCAACAAGCCCACGGCCGAAGAGUUAGUACAGCACUGUCGCCACCAGACGCGUGAGCCUCAGGUGACCAAGCAGCUCAUUGAACAGCUGUUACAGGACUUCAUGGGUAACAAACUGUUGGACCAGAAGAGGAUUGAGGAAAUCUGGCGAGCCCAACAAUGCCAUCUUUUAUGCAUUCAGGACCCUCCAGGAGUACAGCUUUACAGAAUGAUUGGAGAGGUGACCAGAGGAGGUCUCAUUCUGCCCCUGUAUCACUGUGCACGUGGAGUAGGAUCCCUCGAAUCAUUCCAUCAGCAUCUGAACCACUUCAUUCCAGGUACAAGUACAAAUGACUUGUACUUCCAUGUUUACCUGCUAGAAGGAGUAGUGCAGUGGAACGAGGCCCGAUCUGUUGCUGUUGAUGGCAGUCCACUGCAGCACUACGUAAACCGUCUAAGCCAGAAGCUUUUAGGCCAUAAACUGGUUGAGGAUCACAACAGCCCAGGAGAGUACACUGGUGAGCUCAUAGGUGUGGAGUAUCUUUAUUCUCAAACCAACAGAGUUUUGGAGAUCGACUACCUUAUGGAUCCCGAUGCUCCUGAUGGGAGUGAUGAGCAUCUGGAGGAAGACCUGGAAUAUGAGGAUUUGGGCAUUGAUGACCUCAAAUCACCACAGUUCUUGGAGCUCAGCCUCAAACCACUUCAGCCUGUUCAAUAUCAGGCAGCACUUCUGCAAUCACCUUCCUCUGGCCUCUCAGUAUCGCAGCCUGAUCCAAUCGUGUCGUCCACAUCUGGGCCCAUAAAGGACGAGCCUACCACUGCAGACCAGUUCACGCCUCAGGGCAUCUCACAGGAGGAUGAUAAUGAAAAGUGCGUUGGGCUUGAUGGUGUUCUUGGGUAUGACCAUGUUAUCAACCUUGCCAACAGUCUGGUUGAGCUUAGAAAUCAUGGAUUUGUCACACAGCGAAAGGUGGACGAGAUUGUGGCCCUGUGGGAUAAGCUGUCAGAGCAUGACAAAGGUGGUGUUGUCCACCCGACCCGAGCAGAAGACACAUUGUGCUUAAACAACAGUCAUAGUGAUAACUUUGUGACUCCAUGCAUUGAUGGUCUAAAAAGCCGUCUUGUCACAGCCAUUUGCCUCGCUCUCAGCCACAUCCACCCUGCUGGUCAGACCAUCGCUGGUUUCAGGGUCAACAGAUGGGCUGCUAUCCUCCACGACUACAACAUGAUCAGGGACAUAGUCCAGGACAACGCUGCCAUCUCGACCCAGACACAGAUACAACUGCUUGAGAUAAACCAGCGGACACUGUGCCAGUGGUACAACGCCAGGAAACAGAGGCAAGAACAGUUGGUUUUGCACCAAUGCACUGACAAUAUGAAGCCGUCUGAGCCUCUAUUUCCUGUACAACACAAUGUACCAGAGACCUUUCGACGUGGACAUGUAGGCGAUGUAAUUAAAGUAGUGAUCGGGGGUCCCGAGCCCUUUCGAACAGACCCAGGGCAAAGAGCUGCUGCUGCCAGGCCUCCUAGCCCAAAGGUGCCUAGGACCACUGCUUGGCGACGGAGGAAGGCAGAGGAAGAGGCAGCCCAGCGGGGGUUACCCCUGAAGCGGCCUUGUGAACAGUAUGUUUGUAAAAAGUGUGGUAAACCAAAGACAAAAGAAUUUGGUCACAGCCAGUUCCGUGGCGUUCACUUUUGCGCCAAAGCCUCUGGAAAGACUGUAGAGCAGUGGAUGGAGGAGAUGAGGAGGGCAAAGUAAGCUAAUAUGGACCUUUUCUAGCAAAAACAUUCUAAAUUUAUUUGUAGAUUCCAUUGUUUUUAUAUACUUUGUGUGUAAAUACUUUGAUAGUACUGAUUUAUAGUUUUUCACAUGCUUUGUCAUUUGUGAAAUGGCAAUAAAGGCCUUUUUAUUCUCA